CCAGGCAUUAGACGGUUCAUAUGGGAGCAUGCACAGGAUGUGCACCGGAUACUACAUCGAGUCGGACAUGCAGGAAUCAAGAUUUCAGGACUAAAAGCACAAGUCUGUAGACCAAAUGUGGUCAUAGUCGGACAAAAGUGCACCCCCGAAGGAAGAGUACCAGAAGACGACAAGGUGGACAAGGUCAGAAACUGGCCAGUGCCAAAGACAGUAAAGGAAGUGCGAGGAUUUCUAGGCCUCUGCGGU